ACUUGACGUUAGUUAAUGCGUUGAUGCUUCAUGCAAACGUUACCACCAUAACUGUACAUAAGAAUGUAUUGUGACGCUACGGAAUGUAUUCAAAGAGUGUCUUGCAGUGAUGUUGCUUAAUAUUUAUAAAUAUAGUUUUUGUGGAACAAACAUAAUAAUUUGAAUAACAGUGUUGUAAAAAUUAUUCUAAAUAAAACGAAUUAUAUAAUAUAAUAUUCUAUAUGCUAUAAAUGUAUAUACAUUUAAAUUACGAUAAAACAACGCUUAUAGCAGUAAUUGAAUUUUCAACAAUAUAAUAUUAUUAAAGAUUUAUUAAGAUGAAUGAUAAAGAUCCAACAAGUGUUAUUCAAAUGAUAAAAGAUCUCAGAUCAGGUUCUGAAGCAUAUCGUAAAAGUAAUAAUAGCAAUGUGCCUGUAAAAUUAUCAGGAACUACAUAUACUUCAUCAGUACUUGACACUGAUGAAUGUAUAAUUUCACCAAAAAGACCAAGAUUGAGUGAUUCUAAUAAUUCUAAUUUAAAUAGGAGUGAAACAGAGAAUAUUCCUGGUAGUCCAUGGGAAUGGAGAAGAUUAAAAGGAGAGGUUAUAUCUUUGAAAACAAGAUUGUCUCAUCAAGAAGCUGCUGUACAACAGCUUCACAAAAUACGUAGACAAAUGGAAGAAGUUUUUGAAAAAGAAAAAGGGAUUUUAGAAAUACAAGUAGAACAAGAUAAACAAACAAUUAAACAAUUAGAAGUACGACUUGACAUUUCACGUAGAACAAUUCAGGAUACUCGCGAAGCACAAGCUGUUGCAGAAAAAGAAUUGUUUGAAGUAAAAACAAAUUUGGAACAGAAAAUUAUGACAUUAAUGAAUGAAAAUGCAAAGUUAUUAGGUGAUUUUAAACAUACAUCUACCCAAGAAAAUAAACCAAUAACAAAAGAUUUUACUGAUGGAUUUGAUUCGCAAUCGAAACUAGAAUCAGCCCAAACAAGAAUAAAACAAUUGGAAGAAAAAUUGAAGGAAUAUCAAAUAAAGCAACAAGAAUUGGAAUUACAAAAUGUAGAAUUUCAAGCUAUAAAAAUAAAAGUUGAGAGGUUAGAAUCAGAAAAGAUGCAAUGGGAGGAGGGAAAAAUAUUCACAGCAAAAGCAGCAAAAGCAAAUGAACUUGAGAAAGAACUAAUUAUUGCGAAAGAAACCAUUGCUUCAUUAAGAGAAUCUGUUAGAGGGAAACUACUUUUAGAAGAACAAAUGUCUAAUGUAAUGAAAAGAUUAGAACAUACAGAAAGAAUGGAACAACAAGUUGCAAUGCUUGAAGCUAAAAAAACGGAGCUUUCGUUACGUUUGGCUGAAUAUGAAUCUAUUGGAAUUACUGGACCAUCUGCUCUAAAACGUGAAUUAAAUCGAUUACAACAAGCUGAAUUAGUUUUAAAAGCAGAAGAAGGACAACUCAGAUCGAAACUCGACGCUGCGUUAAGGGAAUCACAUACUUUAUCAAAAAAUUACGAAGACGCUAAAAAAUUAGCCAUGAAUGUGACAGUUUCCAAAGAAAAAUUGAAUACAUAUGUGGGUAGACUGCAAAAAAAAAUGUUACUUAUCACGAGGGAGAGAGAUAGUUAUCGACAACAAUUAGAUUUAUACGAAAAAGAAAUAUCUAUAGAUAGCAAUAAUGCGAUAACCGAAAGAAUACCUGCGCUGGAACGCACGAUAGAUGUUUAUAGAGAUUUAGUUGCUAAAUUAGAAAGUGAUUUACAAGCAGCCGAAGGCUAUAACCAAACGGAAGAGUGUAAUAAAUUAAAGGAAGAAGUUGAACGAUUAAAGGGAGAAUUGGAACAUCGAGCACUAAAAGGCGAUUUCAAUUCUAAUGCAAGAGUAUUACACUUUACAAUGAAUCCUGCUGCUAUCGCAGAACAACAAGCAGAAGAGAAGCAAAAAGCGUUGUUAUGCGAACUGGAGGAACUUAGGGCAAAGGUAAUGCAAGGUGGAAUUAAUGCGACAACAUCUUCUCUUCAAGCACAAGAAAUAGCAGAACUCAAACAAACUCAUGAGAUCAAAAUAGCUCGUCUCAAAGAGGCUUUCAAAGCAUCUUCGCAAGAAUAUCGACAAGCUUGUUACCAAUUAUUCGGUUGGCGAGUGGAUAGAACAAAGGAAGGUCAAUAUAAAUUGUAUAGUCAGUAUGCUGAAUCACCGGAUGAUUUUUUGUUUUUCAAAAUCGGAGAGGAAGGAGUGAAUCUUCUAGAGACCGCUUUCUCUGCGACUCUUGGAGCAUUAGUGGAGCAAUAUUUACAACAACAACACAGCGUACCUAUGUUUCUCAAUGCCGUGCAAUCAGAUUUAUUUAAUCAGCAAACUAUGACGAACAUUCUAAGUGUACCUUCCUAAUUAAUCGCCAAUUAAUUUUUAUGUACGAGAUCUGGUAUAAAGAAAGCGAGACAGCUUUGAAAAACUUUUAUUUUUGACAAGUCAUAUAAUAGUUCAAAAAUAAUAUUCUUUGCGACAAUCCUUACUGGUUUUUAUUAUUUAUUUCAUAUCUUCAAACUUUUUUUUGAAAGAACUUUUUAAAUGAAUUAGUUGGAAGAUGAAAUUUAAUAAUUAAAAUCCAUAAUAUGUUAAUAUAAUUUUUUAAAUCAUUUAUUUUAUAUAUUAUUUUAAUUAUGAAAUUAAUAAUAUUUAAAUGCAUUUCCUAGCAAAAAGUAAAAAUUUAUUAUAGUGAUAAUAGAUUAGUUCGUUCUGAUAUAUUUUUUAUUGCUAGAUCUCGUAGAUCUUGUAAAAAAGUUCAUCCUCGAAUAAUGCUUAUUCAUUACAUAAUCAUGUGUUUUUAAUGGACAACAAAGGGAGUAACAAAUAAAACCAUGUUGCUUUUAUAUUCAAAA